AAGUGGGGGCAUAACUUGCUACACUCUACAUUCUUCCUCUGUUUUACUCACUUCAUUCCUCUGCUUUCCCCUGACUUUAUUAUAGUGUUUGUGAGCUUUGCUUUGCUUUACUUUCUUUUUUGUUGCUCCUCUUUAUAUGCAAUACAACCACUACUUCAACUUACGUUCUUUCUCUCACCUUUACGACUGCUUCCUUCUCUCUUUUUCUAACAAUUAUUUCGUCAUAAUCCAUUUCUCAUCAUAGAUUCUUUUAAAUAUUAAUUCUCACCUACAAUUAUUGACCUUUUUCUGUUCAGAUACUCCUAGUUAACUUAACGAGCAAUCAAUUGAAACACCCAUAUUUUUGUUCUUCUUCUUAAUUUUCUCUUUUGUAGAUAAAUUGUCACAAGAAAUUGCGCCAAAUAAAAAAAAAAAACUUUUGUGGGUAUUGAUUUCUACAAAAAAAAAAAAAAAAAACCCAAGUGUUAAAAUUUUAUUGGGUUAGUGAAAUCAAAGUGAAAAAAGCUCUAAACUUUCUUCUUACCAAACAAAAAAAAGUUAAUAUGGGGAAGAAGAAGACUAUGAGUGGGUGUUUUUGUUUAUAUGGUGAGGUGAGGUGCAUGAUUGGUACUAUGGGGUUGAUUUUAAUGGUGAUGAUGAUGGGUGUUGAUGGAAAUAGUAUAGGGGCAAAUUGGGGAACACAAGCAACACAUCCUUUAGAUGGAGAAAUAGUUGUUCAAAUGUUGAAAGAUAAUGGAAUUUCAAAGGUGAAGCUUUUUGAACCAGAUGUUAAUGCAUUAAAAGCUUUAGGUAAGUCAGGAGUUGAGGUUAUGAUUGGUAUUCCAAAUGAUUUGUUGGCUGCUUUAUCAACUGAUGUUAGUGCUGCUGAAAAAUGGGUUUCCAAGAAUCUUUCCUCUUAUGUCUCUUCCCAUGGUGUUAAUGUCAGAUAUGUUGCAGUUGGUAAUGAACCGUUUUUGAAGACAUUGAAUGGGACAUAUGAUGCAAUGACACUUCCAGCACUUCAAAACAUCCAAUCAGCACUAAUAAAAGCUGGCUUAGCCAAUCAAGUGAAGGUCACUAUCCCUCUGAAUGCGGAUGUAUACCAAACCUCGUCCAAUGUCCCUUCUGGUGGAGACUUUCGCUCAGACAUCAAUGACCUUAUGUUGAAGAUCGUCAAAUUCUUGAAUGACAAUGCAUGUCCUAUAACCAUCAAUAUCUACCCCUUUAUAAGCCUUUAUAAUGACCCCAACUUCCCUGCAGACUACGCCUUCUUUGAUGGAUUUUCAUCUCCUCUGGAUGACAAUGGAAAGACCUAUACCAAUGUUUUUGAUGCUAAUUAUGACACACUUGUUUGGUCCCUUCAGAAGAACGGGUUUCCAAAUAUGUCGAUUAUUGUUGGAGAGAUCGGAUGGCCAACCGAUGGAGACAAUAAUGCUAACCCUACCACUGCUCGAAGAUUCAAUCAAGGGUUAGUUAAUCAUCUCUCAGCAGGCAAAGGUACUCCUAUGAGGCCCAGUGGUCCUAUUGAUGUUUACCUUUUUAGCCUCAUCGACGAGGAUGACAAAAGUAUCCUACCAGGGAACUUUGAGAGGCACUGGGGGAUCUUCAACUAUGACGGAACCCCAAAGUACCAGCUUAACCUCGGACUGGCUAAAAUUGGGUCUGUCAUGCCAGCCAAAGGGGUUCAAUAUCUCGAAAAAAAAUGGUGCGUUAUGUCUUCCUCAGCUAAUUUAACGGAUCCACAAAUAGCCUCGAGUGUGAGCUAUGCUUGUGAAAGAGCUGAUUGUACGAGCCUAGGGGAUGGAACAUCAUGCAGUAAUCUGGAUGUACAGGGGAAUAUAUCUUACGCGUUUAACAGCUAUUAUCAGGAACAAAAUCAGCAGGACAAAGCAUGCCAAUUUCCAAAUGGUCUUUCUACGAUAACAACGAAGGAUCCGUCUUCUGGGACAUGUCGGUUUAUUGUUCAGAUUAAGAGUGAGACAAGUUCAAGGUUAAGCAGCAGUGCAGGUCAUGGUUCUGGUUUGAGGUCUGGUUCUGUAAAAGCUCCUGUUAGUUUUGUAGCCUUAGUGUUCAUAAUUGUUAUUACUAUUUUGUAAAAUUUCUGCUGAAGUAGUAUUCCAAUUCUCUCUUUUAAAUGUUUCUGUUUGCCUCAUGGUUGUCAGAUUUGUUUUGUGAAUCAUAGGCUGUACCAAUUACCAUUCUGAAGACUGAAAUGGUUAAAUAUAAUUAGUUGAUGUGUUGAGAUGGAA